ACACUGAAAAUUGACGUCAGAACAGAACUGUAUUUCUCGGUUCGGUAAUCAACGAAAUGUACGACUAGGUGGUAUUUCCCGUAGAAUAUUACAUGAGACGAAACUUUUUUGAAAAUUUACAGUGUUAAAAGUAUCAUUGAAAGCAUGGUAAUGCAGAUUAUGAAAGAAGGUUAAUUGGAAAGACUUACCUCUGUACGAACAAAUACUUCUAAACGUAACACACGUUCUUGAUUUAAUGUUAUUGAUUACUGAGCAAAAACAAACAUGUUCGCACCUUUGACAAAAAGAAUCAUAUUGCAACAACUUUUUCAUACACGUCGUUGUGGAUCCACUUCCAGCACAGACUCGUGUGGUACAUUCGACCUAGUUAUCGUUGGGGGUGGCAUUGUUGGAUGUGCCACUGCACGAGAAAUGUUAAUAAGACAUCCUACUUUAAAAAUGGCGAUCGUUGAGAAAGAAAACGCUCUGGCAAAGCAUCAAACGCAACAUAAUAGCGGAGUAGUACAUGCUGGCAUUUAUUACAAACCUGGCAGUAUGAAAGCAAAACUAUGUGUGGAAGGUUUAAAGCUAUCUUACGAAUAUUUCUGCAAUCACGAUAUUCCUCACAACAAAGUUGGAAAACUCAUAGUAGCACAAAAUGCAGAACAAGUUAAGAGAUUGGAUGAUUUAUACGAUCGAGGAUUAAAAAACAAUGUACCGGAUCUGCAGUUAGUCGAGAAAGACUGUAUAUCAAAAUACGAAGCUAAAUGUCAAGGAGAAAAAGCAUUGUGGUCACCAUGGACGGGUAUAGUCAAUUGGGCAUUAGUUUGUAGACAUUUUGCCCAAGAAUUUCAGAAAAUGGGAGGAAAAAUAUUCUUAAAUUAUGAAGUAAUUGGUUUCUCAGAGAUGACUGAAUCUAAGGGAAAAGGAGAAUUAGCUCCGAUUUUGGUGCAAUCGAAAGAUAGAUGUAUACCCACGAAGAAUGUGCUGACAUGUGGUGGUUUACAUUCGGACCGCUUGGCAGUAAUGACAGGAUGUGAUCUUAGUCCACGAAUCGUUCCAUUUCGGGGCGAGUACUUAUUACUGAGCGAUAGCAAAAAGCAUUUAUGUACUACCAAUAUAUAUCCUGUCCCAGACCCAAGAUUUCCAUUUUUGGGCGUUCAUUUUACACCCAGAAUUAACGGCGACAUAUGGCUUGGCCCAAACGCAGUCCUAGCCUUUGCCAGAGAGGGUUAUCGAUGGUUCGAUAUAAAUGUGAAAGAUUGCGUAGAAAUGGCAAAAUUUCCUGGACUAUAUAAACUCUGUUUCCGAUAUUUUAUACCGGGAUGCAAAGAAAUCAUUAAAUCUAUUUUCUAUCCGCUUGCAGUGCGAGAUUUGCAAAAAUUUAUUCCUGAGGUAUCUUUCAAAGAUAUAAAAAGGGGACCAGCAGGUGUCAGAGCACAGGCAUUAGACAACAAUGGUAAUUUAGUAGACGACUUUGUUUUCGAUGGAGGGAAAGGCAGUAUCGGUAACAGAGUGCUUCAUUGUCGCAACGCACCUUCGCCUGCUGCAACUAGUAGCAUGGCAAUCGCUAAAUUCAUUUCCAGUAAACUGGAAACUGAUUUUAAGUUUUAACGAUUCCUAAUACUUUAAUAGAAAAGAACUUAAAUAACAAACGUACAAAUUAUAUGACUCUUUGUAACAAUAUAUACAGAAUCUCUGUUUAAUAGUAAUUUUGUAUUCAUACUA